AAAAACUGUUGCUAGACAUGGGACGGUCACUAAAAGACUUUCCUUCCAUGCCAUAUCCUUCAUAUGAAUACUUUAGAUCAGAUAUCAAUCGUUUGCUUGAGGAAGAGACAUCAUACGACGUGGCUGCAAUGAAAGAGGCCCACGACCUUAAUUUUGACAAGAUGAAUGUAGAACAGAGGGAAGCAUAUGAUUCUAUUAUCGAAAGAGUAUACCAAAAGAAGGGCGGAGUUUUUUUCAUCCACGGAAGUGGAGGAUGUGGCAAAACUUUUCUUUGGCAGACUAUAAUCUCUCGGCUUCGUUCUGAACGAAAAAUUGUAAUUCCUGUUGCGUCAUCCGGCAUUGCCGCCACAUUGCUCCCUGGUGGCAGGACAGCCCACUCACGGUUUCACAUACCACUCAAACUUGACCAACAUUCAACUGCGGGGAUUAGGCAUGGUACGGACCUCGCUGAACUUUUGCAGCAUACCGAUCUAAUUGUGUGGGACGAGGCUCCCAUGCAGCACCGCUACGCAUUCGAGUGUGUUGAUCGUAGUCUAAGGGAUAUCAUGUCUUCUGUGGAUUCUUCGCGCUCCAACAUUCCAUUUGGUGGUAUAACCGUUGUAUUUGGUGGCGAUUAUCGGCAGAUUCUUCCCGUGAUUCCAAAGGCCGGCAGAGCUGAGAUCGUUGGUUCCUCCCUUAAUCGUUCUGUUUUGUGGGAUCAUGCGCAUGUACACCUCUUAAAAAGGAAUAUGCGCCUCCAUUCCGGUAACAGUCCUGAUCAGAAUAGAGUCAUUAAAGAAUUCAGUGAAUGGCAGCUGAGUAUUGGAGAUGGUAAGGUGAGACAAGAAGGCUCUUCUGAAAACCGUGGAGAUGUUCUUAUCCAACUGCCUGAAAGGUUUAUAAUUCAUUCGGAUGAAAAUCCACUACAGUCCUUGGUUGAUAAAAUAUAUCCAGAUUUUGAAGACAACUACCAUUCCCCUGAUUACAUUCGUUCUCGAGCUGUGUUGACACCCACUAAUGUCGUCGUUGACGACAUCAAUAAUCUUAUUCUCAAGAAGAUUCCCGGUCAGACAUACAGUUAUUUUAGUCAGGACUCAAUGGAGGACGUUGGAGACGAAGAUAAUGACUUUGCUGAAUCUUUUCCUAUUGAAUAUCUCAACUCGCUGAAUAUGCCUUGCAUCCCCAAGCAUGAACUUAAACUAAAGAUUGGCACCCCCGUGAUGUUAAUGCGCAACUUGAACCAGAUACUUGGAUUAUGCAAUGGCACCCGAAUGAUCGUAACAGGUUGUAAGAAAAAUAGUGUCGAGUGUCAGAUUCUUACAGGUGCACACAUUGGAACCAAACACUUAAUACCGAGGAUUGAUAUGGUACCAACCGAUACUAUAUGGCCCUUUGAUUUUAAAAGAACCCAAUUUCCGCUACAGAUCUGUUUCGCCAUGACUAUUAACAAGAGUCAGGGUCAGUCAAUGGACGUCGUUGGUUUGUAUUUGCCUAGGCCGGUUUUUACACAUGGUCAGCUGUAUGUUGCUAUUUCGAGAGUUACUUCUCCCGAAGGACUACACAUUAUGAUUGUGGGCGACGAUGGUGAAACAAAAAGCUUAACCAAAAAUGUGGUCUAUGAAGAGGUCUUUUAUAAUAUUCCGUCCGUGACUUAGCA